UGGGUGAGUGAUUCUUUUGGUCCAGUAGUUGCAUGUUACUAUGCGCUUGCAAAAAUCUGUCACAGCCCUCCUUUCGGUACGUUGCCAACAGGAGCAAACCCCACUUCUGUCGAUAAUCUGUCGCAUUGGAUUGGUGAGGAGAAUCGUUGUGAUUUAGAGCGCAGCUGUCAGCUAACCGCAGUCCUACUGACAAGGAAUGCAAAACAAGAGGGAAUAGUUUGUUGCAGGAGUUAAUAGCUAAGUUGUUGAGGUAUUUUUCACCAGACUGUGCUGGUUUUAUCCAAAAAGCCUAAGGAUGUGGCACAGCCUUAGAUGCGCAAACAGAGCGCCGGUGGGCAGAUUUUUACGCGGGCACAACGAUCCGAGACAGUUUCACUUUCAGGGGGGGGGGAAUGCAUCAAAAACAGCUGGAACAUGACUUGACCCACCCCCCCCCAAAAAAACAACCUGUAUCCUUUUGCGACCGUGUUGUCGUUUGUAAUUCGUUUUCAUAGCUGCAUCCCUCUGCGUGUGGACAUGAUGGAGCAGCUGGAAGAGGAGCUUACAUGCCCAGUCUGCUGCGGGCUCUUCGAGGACCCGCGGAUGUUGCUGUGCUCCCACAGCUUCUGCAAGAGGUGCUUGGAGGAACUCCUGGAGGGGAACCGAGGUCCGGCUUUCAGGACGCCUUUAAAAUGCCCCACAUGCCGCAAAGAGACCCCCCAUAACGGCGCAAAUAGCCUGCAGAUCAACUACUCUCUGCGCGGGAUCGUAGACAAGUUCAGCAAAAUUAAAGUGAUGCCUAAGACGUCCGUAUGCAAACAGCACUAUGGGCAGCCGCUUAAUAUGUUCUGCGCCACCGAUUUGAGGCUCAUUUGCGGAUUGUGCGCAACGACCGACGAGCACAAGGGGCACUGCUUCAGCUCCCUGGAGGACGCAUAUGAGCGAGAGAAGGGGGCGUUUGGAGAGCUGCUUCGAGAGGUGGAGAGCUGGCAGAGUGCAGAGACCCUAACCUGCCUGGAGACGCUGCAAGCCAGCAAGAAAAAGGCGCUUCAGUCGGUGACCAGGGACGCGGAGAAGGUGGCCGACUACUUUGACAAACUCAUCGGGUCCAUCGAGUGCAAAAAGAGCGAGAUCCUUUCCGAUUUCGAAACGCUAAAGCUGGUGGUGAUGCAGGCUUACGACCCGGAGAUCACCAAGCUGAGCGCAGCACUGGAGGAGCAGAGUCGAGCGCUCGGACUGGCAGAGUCCUUCAGGAGCGUCUCCGAGCCGCUGUGCUUUCUGCAGCAGAUGCAGGAGUUCCGCGAGAAGAUAAAGAUCCUGAAGGAGACCCCUCUGCCCUCUCGGAAAGACAUGGACGUUGGGCCCCUUGUGCGCAAUUUCGACGUGAAAAAGUGGGAUUCCCUCAAGCUCAGAGAAAUAGAUAAGAUCUCAGUCCCCCACGAGAGUGGCUCCUACCAAACAGGUGGCUCUCGGAUAACAUGGUCCAAAUGGGUAGUUUUAGCCCCGGUUCUCUUCCUGGCAACACUAUCUAUCAUUUUCCUGUCAUUGCCAUACAUUUCAAUCGACCUGACCUCAAAAAUCCAAGCGACGAUCACUGAAUGUUUCCCUCCCACUGCUGUGUACCCGCAAGGAAUGACUGACAUAUGCACAGGUUUGAAGGCAGGUCAGGAAUAUAUGAUAAAUAUAUUCAUUUCAGCUCUCUCCGCUAUUUUCAGUUGUUAGUGAUCUUAAUUGCUCCAAAAGAGCAGCAGGUUAGUGGAAACACCUGUUUACAUUGUGUUGUUUUUUUUAUUUUUUGCCUUCGUUCCUCAAUGAAGCUUCAAAAUCAAACAGAAUUCUCUCUAAAUCCGCGGAGGUUGCAAGCUAGACUUUUUAUGUUAUUUUGUACACUCACUUUUUUAUUUUUACUUGAUUAUGAAAAAAAUAAAUGUGGAAAAUCCCGA